AUGUUCUGGAGAUUUGGCGGUUACGCCAAUAUCUCAACCAUCGAUACAAUUCUUGAUAAGCCCGACUUCCAACUUGAGGAUCUCCUUGACGAGAGUGAUUUGAUUCAGGAGCUAAAGCAGCAUAAUACUAAACUCAUAGAAUACUUGCGCGAGCCCAAGGUUCUUGAGAGGCUCCUCGAAUAUGUUGUCACUCCCAAACUUGAGCCUGUAGAAACCCCCGAAAAUGACACCAACGAAGACGACAAGAAAGGAAGAUCUAGGGGUUUGUCUUUUGGCCGUCCUCGUGCCUCGUCAAGAGCAACCAGCGAUGGUGCGGACGAAGACGAAGUUGAGAAGAAACGAAAUAGAUAUGCUUAUGUUGCAGCCGAAGUCCUUUCUUCCGAUAACUGGUCUAUUUACGAGGCCUUGAUGGAGAGUCAUCAUCUUCUGUGCAACUUCUGGGACUUCUUGAAGCUCCCGUCUCCGUUAGAUCCACUGCAGGCCAGCUACUUCACCAAGGUUAACGAGGCUCUUUUCGACAAGAAGACGGAUGAGAUGAUAGCUUUAUUGAAGUCCCUCGACGAUGCCAUCUCCAACGUGCUACGACACGUUGACUGUCCGAUGAUUAUGGAUCUCCUUCUCAAGAUUAUCAGUCUCGAGAGAACCGAGAACGGGCAGGGUAUAGUUGAGUGGUUGUAUACUAAGGACGUCAUGCCGACAUUGCUCUCGUUUCUUGGGCCGGGACAUAGCUAUGCCACCCAGACGUCUGCUGGCGAUUUCAUCAAGGCCAUUAUCACGGUCUCUGCUAAUGCCUCCCAGAACGAGCAAGCCUGCAUUGGCCCUAACGAACUCACGCGUCAGUUGGUAUCUAAGCCUUGUAUUCAGACUCUUAUCGGGUACAUGCUCGGUGGUGGGAAUGCCCUAACUGUUGGUGUGGGAAUCGUCAUCGAAGUUAUUCGAAAAAACAACUCUGAUUAUGACCCGGAUGUCGGACCCGACUCGAACGCCCUGCCCUCUAGCCGUGAUCCUAUAUACCUUGGCACCUUACUUCGUUUCUUUGCGAACCACGUUCCCGACUUUAUGUCAUUAAUUCUCAAUGCCCCGGCCCAGAAGCAUCAGCUGGAAUCAACAUUUGGCGAAAAGAUUGAACCCCUUGGCUUUGACCGGUUUAAGACUUGUGAGCUCAUGGCCGAGCUUCUCCACUGCAGUAACAUGUCGCUUCUAAAUGAAAUUGGCUCUGAGCAAGUCAUUGCCUUGAGGGACGAAGAGCGGCAGCGGUUGCGAGCUCAAGGCCGACUCACCGCGAAUCGCGGCGAGGACGUACAAUCAUCAGAGGACCUGACUAUGCGCAUGCGCCAUUCAUCACCUGAUGACGGCCGCCGACUCGAGGUUACAAAUGCUUCCGAUGAUGACGGCUUCGAGGAAGUUGCUCCGGCGGGCGAGAUGACUGAGGAUACGUCCCAUGAAUUUGUGAAGGCCGAGGACGAAAUCGCUAACGGACCCGCUUCGUCUUUCCUUGAUAAAGAGGACGACGAUUUCGUAGAAGAACCUCUCAGUUCUCCUAGAUUAAUUGUCUAUGAUGGCAGAGUCGACGAACAACAAUUUGAGAAUCCCGAACUUGUCGUUGCACCUCUCUCGCCAAAGAAGCCGGCCGCCUUACAGCACCUCACACGAGAGGAUGAUAGCCCGAUUGGUAGCUCCGAGUCACAACCAUCGCAGCCGGCUACUGAACCACGCCGAACAGAGGAAGCCAGUCAUCACUCAGAGGGUGCCGGGCACUCUGUACCAGCCGGCGUUGAAGAAACGGAGCCGCUGCCUACAUGUGAAGAGUCAUAUUCAAAGCCUAGCGACAUACCAGAAACCUCUGCUAGUUCGACAGCCCACCUAGGAGAAGAAGUUUCCCCAUUCCCCGCUGAGGUAUUUGCAGCCAUCGACACUUCCGUGGCGAACGAGUUGAGCGCGGUUUCCGACGAAUUGUCGCAAAUGAAGUUUGAAAGUGUAGAUAUUCCGUCUGGUGAUAUACCUAUCACUGCUGUAGGUCAACCCGAGUCAGGUCCGUCCGGGGCCGGUGAACGUCUCGACCCGGUUGUCGGUGACUUCCUGAAGAUGCAAUUUGUGGAAUAUCAAGUUGUGCCAACGAUUUUGUCGUUUUUCUUCAUGUAUCCCUGGAACAACUUUCUCCACAACGUCGUUUACGAUAUCGUCCAACAAGUAUUUAAUGGUCCUAUGGAUCGUGGUUAUAAUCCUACCCUAGCUAUAUCUUUAUUCGAAGCUGCCGAUAUCACGAACGCGAUCAUUAAUGGGCAGGCAACUAGCGAACAAUCACAGGCUCGGAAUAAGACUCGCAUGGGUUAUAUGGGUCAUCUUACACUUAUUGCCGAAGAGGUUGUCAAGUUUACGGAAAGAAAUCCGCCGGAGCUUCUAUCGGAGCUUGUCUUAGAUCGCGUCAUGAGUCAAGAUUGGAUCAAUUACGUUGAAGGUGCUCUAGCCGAAACGCGAGAGAGAGACAAUGCCAUCCUUGGUGGCAUCAGGCCCGAAGUUGCGCUGAACAACAGAGCACAGAUGGCAGGCAAUGGUCUCGGCGGUAUGGGCCUGUCGAGUCUUGGGCUCGGUGGUGCCCAGGGUGGAGGUUCCAGCGCACUUGCUGAGGCAGGGUUAAAUGGUGGUGGAGGUGGUAUGGAGAUACAGGAUAAUGGCAGUGGGAGUAGCCUUGGUCCCUUCAGUAUAAGUUCCGGCCUACUGUCGGGUUCUGGAUUCGGCAGUUCUAGUGAUGAAGAAGAGGACGAUGCGGAGGAUAACGAAGAGGAUGUCAACAAUGAGUUUCGCGCCUACACCGAUCCAUUAAAUACGUCUUCGUCGUCAAUGGACCCUCCCUCUGUUCCGCCGCCUCCGCCUCCACCCCCGCCGUUGAACAUUCCCCCGUCACGCGCGCGCCUACAGCUUGCCGCAAGACUAAAGAUGCACCAGAAAAAUGCAGCAACUGCCUCGGCCCAGCCUGGCGAAGCAGAGAAUGAUGUAGAAUCAGAUGAGCACGGGUCUGGCAGAGAUACCGAAGACAUCCUCCGCAAUCCAUUCGAGGACGAUGGAGAAGAUGAUGUUGACGAUGAAAGCGACGACGGAUUAGGCGAAGCCGAUGGCAAUAGAGAUGCCUGGGGUGCUGGGCCCUCUAGAGGUAGCUGGUGGCGGGGUGCCUUGCGUAGGGGUAGGGAAAGGUUUGGCGAUGGUAGAGACGACUCCGACUCCGAGAAAGACGAGGCGGCUGAAGGCGACGAAGAGGACGAAGAGUUUGGCGAGUUCGCAAUGCCCGAAGUAGACAAAGAUGGAAGCAACGAGAAGGGUGGAGUCAUAGUAAAGCCUCUCCCAGUCCACCCACCGUCCCAGAAUCAGAAAACCUCGGCCUUCACCAGCCUUUGGCCCUUCGGGUCGAAAGAAAAAGAUAAACAGAAGAUCAAAGAGGGCGAGACGUCAGAAAAGGUUGAGGAGGACAGCGAGAUUACGGGUGACGACGGCGAGAAGAUCAAGAGCACUCACGAAGCGGCCCGGAGGACUAGUAUUGAAGAUCCCGAUGAUGAGGAAGUGGUCGUUUAG